UAACAAAAAUGUCGUCCACAUGUUUCUCAUACGCGUCAUUUCACUGACAGUGAACACAUCUAACCGAAAUGAUAGUUUCCCGCGAGGAAAUUAUAGUUUGGUAUUCUAUGGUAGAACCCAUGCUCUACUUCCUGGAAGGUACGACUAUCAACUUCCGGUAAGGUCAAGUCUCUUACCACAACAACAGACAGCUGUUGUCAAGAUGGCGGACGCUUAUGGCGAAGAGGCGAGUACCCUGGACAGUGGGGAAGCCGGAGAACAGAUCUCUGCAAUAUUGAGGCGAUGCAGAGGUCGACCUCGGCUCACCGAUACCGAUCGGGCGAAGAGGCGACUGGAGUCGCGGAAAAAGUAUGAUGUUAGGCGCGUGUACCUCGGAGAAUCGCACAAGGUCUGGAGCGAACUGAGGCGGCGGACCAGCUUGAGUGACGCUGGACUCGCUGAGUACUUAAUCUUGUUGCAUUCAACGUACGGGGAGAGGUAUCCACAAAAAUACAGUGGGAAGAGACCUACAGCAGAACUGUCGAUCAAACAAAAAAACGAAAAGAUUGAGGAGGUGUGCAGCCUCCGCGGCCUUGUGCAGUGGUACCAGGAGCACGCCCGCUCCUGUCCGCACGAACCGCAGCUGCGGGCUCUGGAGCCGCCGCUCGGCAUUGUCGCUUCUGCCGUCUGGCGGUGUCCGGCGGGCCAUUCCUUCCUGCAGCGCUUGUGCUCACCAGCAGCGGGCGCCAGCGAGUCCGAGUCCGAGGCGGAGGCCGAGGAAAGCGGCCGCACGCCCGCGCAGACGCGAGGCGUCAGGACUCGGGCAAGAAGGAAGAGGAGAGCGGCGGCAGCCGCUGCUUCCUGUCAAUUUACAGACGCCGGGGAGGAGUCGGAGGAGGCCGGCCUGCGGGACGUGGCGGUAACCCUGAACCACGUGGGACAGGCGACCGUCCCAAAGCAGCUCCCAGGCCCCGUGUCCCGGACAGACACCCCGUCCGCCGAGCUCUCCAUGGGGGAGCCGUCCAUCUGGGAGAUGGAGGUGGUGAUGGAGGGGGACAAGGGCUUGGAGCAGGAGUCGGAAAACGAGGGGUCGUGCCGAGGCGUCGCCAUGGAGAAUGACAACAUGACGGAGGACGAGAAGGGGGGCGGGGACGCGCUGGGGGGCUGUGGGGUCCGGGGCGGGGGGGCGGCGGAGGGCCCGGAGGGGUACGAGUGCGUGGUGGUGACGGCGGCCAUGGCGGAUCGGCUGGAGAACGGGGACGCGGGCGUGCUGAGGAACCACGUCGCCAACGGCAACCAUCAGCCCCACCCUCCCCAAGCCCCGCCCACCGUGCAGGUGACGGGCCAGGGGGACCUGUUCGAACCCCAGACCCUGCAGACGGUGGUGGCCAGCUGCCAGAUCCCAGAUGGAAGGGGGGCUUUAGAGGGAUCUCAGCAGGUCAUCAUCAUCACUGGCCCUGGGUACGAGGCCCUGGCAUCGGAGGGCAUCCAGCUGAACAUGGGGGGCGGGGGCGGGGACGAAGUCACCUGCACCUUUAUUGAGGGCGUGGCCUACAAUCAGGUGUGCCAGCCGGAGGCCGCCCUCAAAGUAGCCGCGCCCGACUCAGGCGCCAUGCGGGACCUGGGUAACAAGCAGCUGCUGCAGCCCAGCGUGGGGCCCCUGCGAGCAGAGGCCCCCCCGGAGAGAGAGAGCCAGCGGGCCCUGGGCCGGUCCAGGCGGAGCAGGAGAGGGCCCGUCGUCGAGGCCGACGGGAUGCUGAAGAUGUUCCACUGUCCGUACGAGGGCUGCAGCCAGGUGUACGUGGCCAUCAGCAGUUUUCAGAAUCACGUCAAUCUGGUCCACAGGAAGGGCAGGACUAAGGUGUGCCCUCAUCCUGGCUGCGGAAAGAAGUUCUACCUCUCCAACCACCUGCAUCGCCACAUGAUCAUCCACUCAGGUGUGCGGGACUUUAUCUGUGAGACGUGCGGGAAGUCGUUCAAACGGAAGAAUCACCUGGAGGUUCACCGGCGAACGCACACGGGAGAGACGCCCCUGCAGUGUGAGAUAUGCGGGUACCAGUGCCGCCAGAGGGCAUCGCUCAACUGGCACAUGAAGAAGCACACGACGGAGGCCCAGUACAACUUCACCUGCGAGCACUGCGGCAAGAGGUUCGAGAAGCUCGACAGCGUCAAAUUCCACAAGCUCAAGAGCCACCCGGACAAGCAGGCCACCUGAGGGGUGGGUAGGCCGG